AGUCGCUCGGAACCUGUACCGCACGGAUUUUAGUAACGAACCUUAUCGUGACUUCUUACUCGAGAUUACACCUCACGCUGAUACAUGUGAUGCUCCCAAGCUUCAACUGACACGUCCACCUCUGAAUCUCUCAUCCAUCAUCUCUCAACUUAGUGAAAGGCAACCGCACCUCAUCAUGGCAGCUACAGCAGUAGACAAGGAGGGUCUCUUCAUCCCCCUCAUCGACUUCUCAGCCUUCCUCAACGGCGACGCCGCCAAGCGCAAGGAAACAGCAAAACAAGUCCUCGACGGCUUCCAAAACGCAGGCUUCAUCUACCUCCAAAACGUCCCCAUCAGCCAAGACCUCCGCGCCGCCACCUUUGCCAAAUCAGCAGACUUCUUCGCCCAGGACGAAGCCGUCAAGCAAGGCCUCGGCUGGACAACCCCGCAGGCCAACCGCGGCUACUCGGCCCCCGGCCGCGAAAAGGUCAGCAACCUCACCACCAACGAGGAAAUCGAAAAGGUGCGCGCGGGGAACCCGGACCUCAAGGAGAGCUUUGAGAUUGGCCGCGACGGCGAGCCGGACCACCCGAACCAGUGGCCCGUCGAGCGGGAUGGCGAGCGCGUUGCGGGGUUCAAGACGCAGAUGCUCGAGUUCUUUGGGCAGUGUAAGGCGCUGCACGUCGAGGUGAUGCGCGCCAUUGCGGUGGGUAUGGGGUUGGAGGAUGAGCGGUUCUUUGAUGGGUAUACCGACGUUGGGGAUAAUACGCUGCGUCUACUGCAUUACCCUUCCGUCGACCCCAACGUCUUCAAGGUGAACCCAGGUCAGGUGCGUGCUGGAGAGCACAGUGAUUACGGGUCUAUUACGCUGUUGUUCCAGGACGAUCGCGGUGGCCUGCAGGUGAGGAGCCCUAAUGGUCGGUUCGUGGACGCCACGCCGAUUCCUGGGACGGUUGUCGUGAAUGCUGGAGAUUUACUUGCGCGGUGGAGUAAUGAUACUAUCAAGAGCACGAUUCACCGCGUCGUGGAGCCGCCGCGGAAGCCGGAGGACGGGACGGAAUAUCCUCCUCGGUACAGCAUUGCGUACUUUUGCAACCCCAACUUUAAGAGUCAUAUCGAGGCUAUCCCGGGGACGUACGCAACGGAGGCGGAGAAGAAAUACGAUGGUAUCAACAGCGGGCAGUAUCUCGUGCAGAGGCUGACGGCUACGUAUUAGUAUGGUAGAGGACAGCAUACCUAAACUGUGGUCAAUAUUUAGAAGCGAGCUGAACUAAAUUACUCAACAUUUCUAGCAUCACGUUCCUU